UAUAAUCAGUAUCAUAGAAAAAAUGAACAUGCACUGAUUGUCAAAAUAACAACUGUUGGAACCCUUUCAACCACCACCACCACCACCACCAGUAAGUUCAAAAUUUCAUUAUUAGUACUACUAGUAAGGGCUCCAUUUGAAGGCUUAGUAUUUCAAUCUUACUAUUAGUAUGAUAUUAAAAUGCAUAGCACGCUCAAAUUGUAUAAAACAAGAUGAAUAUAAUUAGAAAAAGAACCAUUCAAAUUGCCCAAAUACUUCUUCCACUAACCUUUUUCCAAUAGUAAAUAGUAAACGUUUUAGGGACAAUCAUUCUGGGACGGAGGAAGUACUGCACUAAUAGUAGUUUAACUCCGUAGCACCGGGUACUACGUACUGUACUACGUACUCGUACUCGUACUCGUACCAUUGCUCUUGAGUCUCACAUCGUGUUCAACCAUGAACACAACAUGUUCAAGUUCAAUCUUUACUUGUCCCUUCAACUCUCMAAACUCAUUCUCCCGAAACGCAUCGCAUCGCAUCGCACCACAAUCGUCGAAAGGUCAACGAUUCAUCAAACCACAGCAUAUACGUUUUGAUGUUUGUGCUGUASUAGCGUCGCAUCGUUGGAAUCACAAUCCCUCAUCACAAUACUGUGGGAUACAACGUCUAMUACGAGAGGGACGUGAAACAAACCAUUCCAUAGCAAUCCYCGAAAGGAUCGAGRCAAUAGCAAGGACGAAAACGAACUAUGCCAUCGCCUCGUGUCUGGAUCAUGGGCGUGGCGGCCAUCGUCCUCCCCGUAUUGCACACGCAUAGCCGCGCUGUCGAUGCCUUGUCCGCAUCCGCAUCCGCAUCCACCCCUGGCACUACGGUGGUAGCCACCGAAGUCCCACCGUUGCUCGACGUUCCGGUGUGGUCCAUGGCGACCUUCAACGACGACGGCCUCGAGGGCGACAGCAACGAGAAGACCGCAACGGAAACCGAGAUMGGCGCCGGCAACAAGACCAAAAGGAAGAGAACCACCAACAUGAAUCUCCUGACCUACGCYACGCCCGUAUCGAUACGUCCGGAUCGGUUGUACGCACUGGGUUUGUACAAGGAAACCAAGAGCCGGGAGAAUUUUCUGCGCGAAAAGUCUUGCGUCCUGCAGCUGCUGUCUUCGGACGUGGAGGGCGACCGGGAAUCUCCAGAAGUCUUCGCGGCGUGUGUUCGKUUGCURGGCGGGGCUUCGGGGGCCGAUGUCUGCAAGGAAGACGAGCUCCUGGAUCUCGGCAUGGAACUGCAGGAACUCCCCACCGACGACAACACCGAUCUUCCGAGAGUUUUGCCGGGCUGURUCCGUUAUCUAAAGUUGUCCAUGGUCGGGGACCACGCGAUCGACUGCAACGACGACGGAGAAGGGUCCCACGACGUCGUCGUUUGCAGGGUCGACAAGAUGUGGACCUCUGCCGCGAGCACGAAACCAACGAUGUCGCCGGGCGCACGGACCGGUGGGGCCCGGGGAAUAGCGCCAGUGGUUYCCUUGUCCACCGGGCGGUUGCGGGAGCUGGGUCUCAUCACCGAACAGGGACGAAUAGCUCCCGAAGCACCGACCAGCGAGUGAGAUUGGAUGUGCAUCAAACGACGGAAAGAKCGAACGACGUAAGAAACGAYCUCUUUGCKA